UGGUUUGGAGAGACCAUACACACAGUUUCUCUACACAAAAACAUACACUUUCAAAAAAAGCUUUAUAUAAUUAUCGUUUCAUAUUUCACACAUUUGAAGGGAAAAAAAUGGCGUCCAACCAACAAAGCUACAAAGCUGGUGAAACCAGAGGCAAGACUCAGGAGAAGACAGGACAAGCUAUGGGAGCAAUGAGGGACAAGGCUGAGGAAAACAAGAACAAGACUUCCCAAGCGGCCCAAACAGCCCAACAAAAGGCCCAUGAGACGGCACAUUCUGCAAAAGACAAGACAUCUCAAACUGCCCAAAAGACCCAGCAAAAGGCUCACGAGACGACCCAAUCAGCAAAAGACAAGACAUCCCAAGCUGCUCAGACGGCCCAAGACAAAGCCCGUGAGACAAAGGACAAGACGGGGAGCUACAUGUCCGAGACAGGAGAAGCCAUAAAGCACAAGGCUCAAGACGCUGCUCAGUACACAAAGGAGACGGCUCAAGGCGCGGCUCAGUAUACGAAAGAGACUGCUGAAGCCGGUAGAGACAAGACCGGUGGGUUCUUAAGCCAGACUGGUGAGCAUGUGAAGCAGAUGGCUAUGGGUGCAGCUGAUGCGGUGAAACAUACAUUUGGGAUGGCUACCGAGGAAGAUGACAAGGAACAUUUUCCAGGCACAACUACUGGUACUACUCGGACCACUGAUACCACUCAUCAGACGUAUCAGAGGAAGUGAGAAUAACAAGAGAACUAUGAUUGUGUCUUUCUCUUAUUUCUAUAAUGUUGCAUGUUUGGUCUUUUGAGUUUCUGUUUAGUCUUUGUGUUUUGUGGUUCAGUUUCGUUUCUUUCGUUGUGACAGAGACUUCUAAUUUCCAGCCAAUAAGUUUAGAAUUUGAUCCUGUCA